AUGGACAAUCAUUUAUCUCAAAACUAUAUCACCCAGGUGAGGCGUCUUCAGUCAACCGAAACCGCCUCCUUCAAGGCGAAAGAGUCAGCAGAAGACCCCUUCGCCGACGGUUCGGGGCAGUCUCAGGCCUCGCAGCCCGCCACAGAUCCCCGCCGCGUUCGAAAAGAUGAAGUAAUGAAGCCAUGGGUCAAGGAGCCAAGAGAUGCUACCGAGAAGCGGAUUGAGUUCAUCCCUCUGAUUGGACUGCUCGUCGGCAUUGCAAUUGCAGGAAUCCUCAUCUGGGAUGGUCUUCGAAAUGUCGUUGAACACAAGUACUGCACCGUCUUGACUGAAGACUGGUCUCGAGGACUUAGACCGGACGUUUGGCAACCUGAGAUCCAAGUUGGCGGAUUCGGCAACGGUGAAUUCGAAGAGACCACGGACGCCCCAGAGAAUUUAUAUGUCAAAGGCGGCAAUCUAUUCAUCAAGGCAACACUCCGAGACGAUAGUGAGAUCACUAAGGACAGCAUAGUCGAUCUGGGCUCUAGAUGCACAGGCAAGGAGUAUUACAAUUGUAUUGCUGCCACCAACACAGCUCCUGGAAAUUCAUCCAUUGUGCCCCCGGUCUUCUCCGCGCGCAUCAACACAAAGAAUUCCGCCAAGAUCAAGUAUGGCCGUGUCGAAGUUGUUGCGAAGAUGCCCAAGGGCGACUGGCUCUGGCCGGCCAUCUGGAUGAUGCCGGUCAACGACACCUACGGCCCCUGGCCCGCGUCUGGCGAAAUCGACAUCGCCGAGUCCCGCGGCAACAACCACACCCACCCCCAGGGAGGCAACAAUGCAGUGUCUUCUGCACUCCACUGGGGCCCCGACACGGACACGGACAGGUGGUGGCAAACAUUCAAGAAGCGCACCGCCAGACAUAGCGUCUACUCGGAAGGCUUCAAUACCUUUGGUGUCGAGUGGUCACAGAAGUAUCUCUUCACAUACCUCAACAACAGACUGAUGAUGGUCAUGUACACUCCUUUCGCGAAGUCAAUGUGGAAGCGUGGAAAAUUCCCCUACGCGAAUUCCAACGGAACGGCUCUUCAAGAUCCCUGGUCGCAGACUGGCCGGGAUAACACUCCAUUUGAUCAGGAAUUUUACUUGAUUCUCAACCUGGCUGUUGGCGGCACCAACGGUUGGUUCAAAGACGGCAAAAGUGGAAAGCCCUGGUUGGACACCUCCAAGAACGCACCAAAGGAGUUUUGGGAGGCCCGACACUCUUGGUUUCCAACGUGGACCCAGCCGUACAUGGAAGUAAAGAAGGUUACAAUUUUGCAGCAAUGCGAUGGAGAUGAGCAUUUGGGACAUAAACUCGAGUAG